AUGCUUCGAUGCUCAUAUUUUUGUGGACUCUAUAAAGAACUUUUUUCAUUCUGGUUGGAAUCUGGCAUGCUUAAUUUAGGUACCCGGCCAAAAUAUAUGCAUACUACAGCAGAUAGAUAUAAUGAACAUGAAACCCAGGAGCAAACAUGCAAAACUGGAGCUCAGGAGUUACACCUAAGUCAUGAUGAAGAUUCUAAAGCUGUAGCUAAGAUACAUAUUCCAGUAAUGGUGGAUGCAGUUGUUCGUUGUUUGGCACCACAGAAAGGGCAGGUUUUUCUAGAUAUGACAUUUGGUUCUGGAGGACACUCAAGAGCCAUUCUACAUUCAGAGCCGGAUAUUACUCUCUACGCCCUAGACAGAGACCCAACAGCUUACGCGAUAGCAGAACAGCUUUCAGAAUUAUAUCCUAAACAGAUCCAAGCUGUACUGGGCCAGUUCAGCCAGGCAGAAGCCUUAUUAAUAAAAGCUGGAGUGCAGCCAGGGACUUUGGAUGGAGUUCUUUUGGAUCUUGGGUGUUCCUCCAUGCAACUUGAUGCUCCUGAAAGAGGUUUUUCCCUUAGGAAGGAUGGCCCCUUGGACAUGAGGAUGGAUGGUGACAGGUACCCUGACAUGCCCACCGCUGCUGAUGUUGUGAACGCUUUAGAUCAACAGGCACUUGCAUCCAUCCUGAGAACAUACGGGGAGGAGAAGCACGCCAAGAAAAUCGCUUCAGCAAUCGUUCAGGCACGCAGCAUCUACCCUAUCACCAGAACCCAGCAGCUUGCCAGCAUUGUUGCAGGUGCAUUUCCCGUCUCUGCUACUUAUGCACGAAAAGACUUGCUUCAGCGAUCUACUCAUAUUGCCACCAAGACUUUCCAAGCUUUUCGCAUAUUUGUGAACAAUGAGCUCAACGAACUCUAUGCAGGACUGAAGACAGCUCAGAAAUUUUUGAGACCUGGUGGUCGUCUUGUUACUCUCUCCUUCCAUUCACUAGAGGAUCGCAUUGUCAAACGAUUCUUGUUUGGGAUAAACAUGACAGAGAGGUUUAACCAAAGUGCUAGACAGAAGGUAUUAAAAAUAUCACCACUGAGUUCAGGUCAAGAAAAUAAGGACGAGGUCUCUAUAAGGGCUCCUUUAAUGUGGAAAUUGAUACACAAGAAGGUGCUUACUCCGGAAGAUGAGGAAGUACAGCACAACCCAAGAGGGCGCUCAGCGAAACUCAGAGCAGCUAUCAAAUUAUGA